CACCGCGCGCCCCGAUGCCUACAAGGCUCCUCCGACCACGUGGGAUCAGUGGCGGAUGAGCCGAUGAGCCAGCGGGCGCUUUCCUCUCCGCUCUCCGGGAUCGUUUCAUGUUACAGGGAGCAGCACCGGGACCAGAAACGAUGCUUGAUGGACUUAGGCGGAGGCACGCCUCCAGGUCCUCCCCCAGACCCCUUUCCCUCAACUUCAGCACCUUCUCGGCUCCUCCCCCGAGCCCAGACAUGGACAGCAGCAGCGAGCAUCCAAUCAGGAGAACCAGCUGCUGACUAAAGGCAUGGUCAUUCUACGGGACAAAAUCAGGUUCUACGAAGGUCAGAAGCUGCUCGACUCGCUGGCGGAGACCUGGGACUUCUUCUUCUGUGACGUUCUCUCCAUGCUGCAGGCCAUCUUUCACCCGGUGCAGGGGAAGGAUCCCUCCGUCAGACAGCUGGCUCUGCUUCAUUUCAGGAACACCAUAGUCCUGAGCGUGAAGCUGGAAGAUGCCCUGUCUCGGCCGCGGGCCCGCGUGCCCCCCUCUGUUACACAGAUGCUGCUUAUUCUGCAGGGGGUUCAUGACCUGCAUGGAGUCAACGAGGAAUACUUGAGGUUGGAGUCUCUGGUUCAGAAGGUGGUCUCACCAUACCUGGGCACUCAUGGUCUUUAUUCUGGAGACGAUGACGACGAGGAUCAUUGCUCUGUUAUGGACAAGCAUUUGGCGUGGGGCUGGUCCAAAGAUCAACAGUCUAAAAACCCCGUGGUACGAUCAAAAAGCUACAACAUCCCUCUGCUGCUCACUCCGGUGGCUGAGUAUGACCCCGACGCCAGCUCUGUCGGUAGUGGAGGAAUCCGGCGCCACUCGGCCUGUGAGAUCACAUCAUGUCUGGAGGAACCAGGACUGUCCUUCUCCGACCUGACUCCGAGGUCCGAAACCGCCGGCCCUUCCUCCAACAGGCUGUGUGUAGGCUCUCAAUUCAACGGUAUCGUACAAGCGGGAGCAGCUGUGAUGGACUUGCCUCUAUCUUCUCCCUCCAUCCUUCAUUCCUCUGGAGCUCUUCACGGCACUGAGGCCACAACAACAGUGACUGAUCUGAGUAAGGGGGCUUCCUCCACACCGCCCAGCGAAUGCUCCAGUCCCGAGACCAUAAUAGGACAAAGGCUGGAGUCGACCGACUCGGACUCGGACGGCAUAUUCCUCGAGUUCCCACCUCACUCCUCUGAGGCGGUGGGGCUUAUCUGCGACAGCAGGCAGAGCACUGUGUAACUGCGUUUGCCUUAAGGAAUGCACCCCGAAUGUGUGUUUCAGAAGGGAAUCCUCUCGUGAUAUUUCAAUAUGUUGGUACAAUCUUCCUUAUUUAAAAAAAAAAAAGUAACGAUGACAAAUCUCUUCCAAGUUAUUUCACGGGUGGAUUCAAACUUUUUUAAUCUCCUGACACAAUUAGCAGCUAAUAAAAGUCAAGUGAAACACGAGUGGUACUUCAAACACCGUGACGGUGUUGCUCAGGAUGGUCUUACGUUAUCACAACGGAACAGAUUUCAAUCUACCAUGAACUGAAAUGUACAAGCCAAAGCCCAAGUCAUCCUGCUGAUUAGUUAAAGAAUUCCAGCUGCACUGUCUUGAUCAAAUGUGUUUUUAUUCGCAGCUAACAAUGUGCCAUGGUGCAUAUCUAUGUAGUGAGCAGCAUUGUUUGCACAAACUUAAACAUAAAGGAAUUUCCUUUUUUUUUUUUAAUAAUUGGAGUUUUUGCAUGUGGAAGGCUGCGUUCAAGAAACAAACGAGCUAAAGAGGAAAAGCUCUUCUUAGGUUUAUUAUUUAGCUCAAUUUCAUCUUUAAUUGUACAAUCUUAAGCAUUUCACAUUUCAUAUGCUUUUUCAUGCCAGCUAUGCUCUGAAUGUCUGUUACAUGAUUUCUUUCCUCGGAGAAAACAUUUUUAAUUCCUGCAUUGGCUUUGGAGCUAGAGGAAUAUGGUGAUGUUUAUUGUUUACAUUUGACAAAAACAUGAACAUUUCAACGAAAUGUUGUCUGAGACACUGUAUUUUUGCACCACCACUACCAUGUACAUAAAAGUGCUUCUUUUUUCUCUUUUAGGACAGCUAGAUAUUGUAAAGCAAGCAUUUACGGCGGAAGGAAUUUCAAUAAGGGCUUUGUAAUGGAAUCUUUUUUAAUGAUGUUUUACCUCAAGUGUUUUGUACUUUGCUUUUUUGACAAUCUUUGAUGUCUAUGGAGUUGUACUUUGUAUAAUUUGAUAUACUAGCCCUGUAAAAAAAUACAGUUUAGCAAUAUUAAAAGAAAUUGGAGAUGUCCUACUUAAAAUGA